GCCUCAGGUGAAUGAGGGAAAAGGGACCGUGGUCGGUGCGUCGCAUUGAAGAAGGAUCAACGGAAGGAAAAUGACUUGUGUUACGUCGCUUGGGGCGCAAGUUUCAAUGACAGCAUGUCUUCUCUUCGUCAUGAGAUGUGCUGCACAGAAAGUGUACUUUGACUGUGGUGCCAAGGUGGAUGUGGUAGAUGUUCAAGGCCUCAUCUUGUCUCCUGGUUUCCCCUACAAUUACUCCUCAGGCACACACUGUGUUUGGCAGUUUGUUGUGCCAGUUGAUUACCAGCUUGUUCUGGAGAUUUUUGACUUUGACGUAUUUGAAAGCCAUGACUCUGAAGCUCAGUAUUCUGCAGUCUCUGGUUUUGAAGAAGAUGCUGCAGAGAAGUUGACCACUUCCCGUGGAAGUUUAUCUGCAGGGGGAACUUCACCUGCGGGUGCAGAGGCUAUGCUUCAGAGUGCAGAGGAUGUCUCAAAGGGUCAGCAAUCCUCUCAGGAGGGUCAGUUCAAGCAGGUCGUGGUCCAGGAACAGUCAACAAAAAUGGAGAUAGCCAAAGUCUCAAAUUCAGCAAAAAGAUCUGCAGAUUCUUCUUCGAGCCUGUCUUCACCACCCUCUACUUCCUUUGUCCUCCUACCAGGGGCUUUGCCUCCUGGAAACAACGCCAUCACCUCCAUCUCUUCAUCUCACCAAAGGGAAAACCUCAAUCCCAGUUCAAACCCAAUCUCAGCUAUGGAAGAGACCACCCAUAGUUCACCACACUUCACUGAAACUCCAGCUGUGAGCCCUGAAACUCAACAGUCUGUACUUGAUGCCUGUCCCCACGAUGUCCUCUACAUCUCAGACCUCAUCACCUUUUCCUCCAGGUUUUGUGGGUCUAACCGUCCUCCCAGCAGCCAGCUGGUUUUUGGCUCAAACCAGGAGAUGGUGGAAGUCAUUAUGGAGCUCAUCACCACCACCCACUGGGGACGCGGUUUUGCUCUUCUUUUUCAUUAUCACAACUUGUCCGAGCCAGUGGGUGAUCAGCAUGGCACGUCUCCAUCAGGCAGCAAAAUGGACUCCCUGCUUGCUGCUGUGAGUGGAGCUGCCUUCUUCGCUUUGAUACUUGCAAGUCUCCUCUGCAUCAUUUUCAGACCCAAAAUGUGUCCUAAAAGAGCGAGUUCCUCCGCAUCCAGCACUUCUGAGGUGCCAGAAGAAACGCAGAACACAGGUCCUGAGGUUAGUGAGCUUCAGAUGAUGGCUGAGAGUCAAACCAACCCUGAGACACAGCAGAAGAACAGCAACAACCAGUCACACACAGUCACAGCAGAUGGCGAUGUUUCCCAAAAUGCAGAAGUGGAUCUUUCCUGCAGUGGUUUGACUGAACUUGAUCUUGGUGCAGAUGAGGUUUUCAUCGUCUCAUCACCUGCUAGUCCGAGCAGGCUACCCUUCGCCCGUCAUGCACGAGAGAGGUUCCUGCGACACAGCGACACCGGUCCCGGCCCUUCAUGCGACUGGCUGUCGACAGACCCCAACGCCUCCCCUGCCGGUGCCAGAUCCCUGAAAGAAGGCAGCAGUGCCUGUUCCAGGCCAAGAGCAUGGAGCGUCCGCACCUUCCAGGACUUCCUCCCUCCACUGCCGCAGCUUCACAAGAAGUGGUGUAGCUGGAACUCCACCAGUCCCUUCACCAAGCUGAUGGAUAGCGCUCCAUCCAGUUUGGCUGCGGACUGCAGAGGGAACGGCAGGAAGGUUUUCUCUGAUGUUCACCUGGAGGUCCAGGCAGACGCCGGAACCUUUUCUGAUUCGCCCGUCAGCAACGCCUCCUACCCGCUCACACAGCACUCACAAAGGCAGCGGCGUCUCAACUCCACCAGCAACUUGCGCCUCUCGCGAUUCACAGGACCUUGCCUUGGCCUCCUUUCAGAGAUGAAAGACCCGCCGAAGGGGUCCGGGGUGAGUCCAGGCCCACCGUCAGAGCCCAACUCUCCCUCCUCCACCCAGUGUCAGAUUGAGAGUGGCCAAGCUGUGAAGGGUCGUGAGUUUCCAGGUGACGGCGAUCACAUCAGCGUUCCAGUGUUUGCUAUAUCUGAAGAGGAGGACCAGCAGCCUCUGGUCUCAGCCGAACACCUGGACCUGACCUCUGCCCCCGCGUUGCAGAACGGACGGGUCAAGGGGCCGUAUGAGAGCAAGAGGCCUCCCGUCGGGAGCCUCAGCCCCAAACGGGCCAGACCCGAGUGGAGGCCGUGGGGGAGCCAGGUGUCUGGAGGGGUUGGUCCGCACUCUUUCAGUACAUUUACCGACUCGCAUGCAGCGAACGUGGGCCAGCCUGCUCUCGGUCUGUCUGCAGGGCUGUGCACCGUCAUGAACCACAUGUGACAGCCCUGAGUGAGAGACUCCUGGGCCACUUCUUCACUACUCAACUUUUAGUGUCACUUUUAAAUACAACAUGUCUUCCUUUCUGACAUCAACUUUACAGAGUUAUUCCUUUUUCACUAGGUCUUUGUUGGAACAUUAUUCAGUUUUUAUAAAAUUGCUCAAGGACAAAGUAAAUGCUGCUUUUUUAUAUACCAAGGCACUGACUGAUGUUCAAAGAAAGAGGACUUCCUUGUUGUUAAACUGUACCAUCGCUGCAUCUAUUAGAGCACCUUUAACCAGCUAUUUGAACAUUUUAUUGCAAUUGGAUUAGUUUCCUCACUCCAGCUGUUGUACUUUGCAUUAAUCCUUACUGUCAGUGUUGAACGGUGCURCUCACUGCAGCCUUUAUGUAGUUUCUUUGGCCCAAGCCUACAAAAGGAUCAUACAGUGUCUAGUUACCCAAAAGUAUUCUGUAGAUCAUUUAUAUCAAUGUUUUAUGUAUAUUUCUAAGAUCAACAAUGGAUUAUAAAAGGGAAAUUUAAAGUAUUAAUAUACACCAUUAGGUAGUAUGGUAUGGAGAAUAGUAUGGUAACACAAUAGCAUUUACUAGUUUAUUGUAAAGUUUCAAUAAAGACUUUAAAACAU